CCCUCCCAUGUUUGUCUCCGCAGAUCCGGACUGGGCUUCCCACACGCUGGGGGUCUUCGUUUGCUUAAACUGCUCGGGGAUCCAUCGCAACAUCCCCCAGAUCAGCAAGGUGAAAUCCGUCCGUAUGGAUGAAUGGGACUCGGCGCAAAUUGAGUUCAUGGCUUCCACAGGGAAUACUGUCUCCAAAGCUAAAUACGAAUCCCAAAUCCCACCAUUUUAUUAUAAGCCAACUUUUCUAGACUGUCUGCUGUUACGAGAACAAUGGAUCAGGGCUAAAUACGAAAGGGAAGAAUUCAUUUUCACUGAGAAACAAGAGCCUUACUCUGCAGGCUACCGGGAAGGGUAUUUGUGGAAGAGGGGACGUGAUAAUGGGCAGUUUCUGAGCAGAAAAUUUGUCCUUUCGGAACGGGAAGGAGCCCUGAAAUACUACAACAGAAAUGAUGCCAAAGAACCCAAAGCGAUUAUGAAAAUUGAGCAUCUCAACGCCACCUUCCAGCCUGAGAAAAUUGGAAACCCUCAUGGGUUGCAGAUCACCUACUUGAAGGACAACAGCACAAGGAAUAUUUUUGUUUACCAUGAAGAUGGCAAGGAAAUGGUGGACUGGUUCAACGCCAUCCGUGCCGCGCGAUUCCAUUACUUGCAAGUGGCAUUCCCCGGAGCCAGCAAUACUGAUCUGGUGCCAAAACUUUCAAGGAAUUACCUGAAGGAAGGCUACAUGGAGAAAACUGGGCCAAAACAAACAGAAGGGUUCAAAAAACGCUGGUUUACCAUGGAUGAUAGAAGAUUAAUGUACUUUAAGGAUCCUUUGGAUGCUUUCGCCAGGGGAGAGGUUUUUAUUGGGAGUAAAGAAAACAGCUACAAGGCCCUGGAUGGGCUCCCACCGUCUACCCAGGGAAACCACUGGCAGUACGGCAUCACCAUCAUCACCCCUGACCGGAAAUUCCUCUUUGCCUGUGAGACCAAAAGCGAUCAGCUGGAGUGGAUCUCCGCUUUUCAGAAACUGAUCAACAGGCCAAUGCUGCCGCAGGAAUACGCAGUGGAAGCCCAUUUCAAGCAUAAACCCUAAGCGACGAUAUGAAGCAAGAUCGGUUUACGACCCACAAGGACAUUGGUUUCGUUUUAAGUUUUUGUUUGCAAGGCUAGCAAUGACCAAAAAAAAA